UUAAAAAAUAAGGACGAAAACCGGUUUGGGGUUGCUUGGCUGACGGGCGAGGAGAUCUCCUCUUGAAAAUAUUUUUGUCUUAUAUUGUGCUGUCUCCUAGGAGCGUCCUCUUGAAUAUACCUCCGUUAAUCUGCUAUAAAUCAUCCCUAAGCAGAUCUGUACAUGUGUCACCAAAGUUUCUCUCUCUCUCUCUCUCUCUCUCUCUCUCCUGCCCCCUCUCCAAAUUCUCUGUUCUGAUUCCAAGGGGUUUCUGAUCAUUUCGUAGAAAAGUUCAUUCAGGCAAGUAAGGGUGAGUUAAAAAGCGGUAGAUAAAUGGAUCUAAAUCCUCUUCAUCACAAGGUUAAGCAAGGUAUUCUCUAACAGUCUGGUGUAGGAUGAUCCAGAAAAGCUUUAGAAAGACCUAGGAAAAUUCUUGCCUAUAGUAUAGCUAUUGGCUUGAAACGUGGAAUAAGUAACACAUCCAUCUACAGGGGCAUUCUAUGACUCCUGUGACCAAGGCUCAGCCCAGAAAAGGCAGGUCUUUCCCACAGGCUCUCCUGCUUGGAAUUUCCAAAAUCUCUGGCUACCUGUGCAGGUGUGGAAAAUACGAUGCAGGAUCCCUCUCUCCCUCUCCCCCCUCUGCUUUUUUUAAAGGUUGCAUUAGGAAAAUGAAUAGUGAAUCCAAUCUAUACCUACUCUAAACAGCGUUGCCUAAGGAAGGCUGAGGAGCGUCCUUCCUGCCUACUUAGGGGGCUUUCCCUUAGCUAUUGGAGCACGUGGUUGAGGAGGGUCUUUUCUCAGCAGUAAGAACUGGAAGUCUCUCUGGAUUCCUUUCACACCCAUUGCAAGGUCUCCGUCUCCUUCCCCACCCCUUCAGUCCACUCCUUCCAUCUGACAAGAACGGACAUGCACAAGGCUCUGCAGGAAGAUGACCAACAGGCCUCAGAAGAUAGCUGGUGCCGAGAUCUCAGCAGAAGGCACUCCUUUAGCCAGCAGCACUUUCCAACCUCAUCGAUAUCCUUGGAGUCAGAAAUACCCACGGGGUCUUCAGAGGGCUCCAAAGGUUCCCAAAUUGCAUCCCUGAGACCUCUAGGAACCUCUAGGCUACGGCAGCUGUCAUUGGUUACCUCUUCCAGUCCUUGUGACAUCACCACCACCAAUGGUAGCAGUAGCAGAUCGUGUAGCGGCCACGUACCAAAACAAGUCUUUCCUUGGAUGAAAGAAACAAGACACAGUGCCAAGCAGAAAAGCAACCUUCCUUUUUCAGACAGCAGCUCUCCAUCAAGUUUCUCCUCUUCCAAGAGAAUUCGCACAGCCUACACCCAAACGCAGCUGGUGGAACUGGAAAAGGAGUUUCAUUUUAACAGGUACCUCUGCCGGCCCCGCCGAUUGGAAAUGGCCCAGCUUCUGAGGCUUUCCGAGAGACAAAUCAAAAUCUGGUUUCAGAACAGACGAAUGAAGUACAAGAAAGAUAGCAGAGUCAAAGGCACCAUCUUGGCAUCUCCCAAUAACAGCCCUGAAGUGGGUGACUAUUAUGGGCACGGGGAGGCUGAUUACGAGAUGGUCCCAUCGAGUUCAUGCAGCAAAUCCUUGGAAGAGCUUGACAGUUCAGCAGGAUACACAGGCCCUCUCUGUAACAGCCCUGUAACUUCAGUCUCUUUGGACUACGGCCCUUUCUUUGGACCGGGAGAAAGCCAUCCUUAUGGACCUCCAGUUCUGCAAAGGAGCCCAAGAGCAAUGGGAGAAAAUUACCUGGGAAAUAUGCCCGGGGCUGACUCUUUCUUCAGCUACCCUGAUUACUCCUCUGGAAACCUGGAGUACAGCUGUGCUACUGAAAUCCCAAGCCAUCCCCAGCUUGGGCCAUCCAACUCGUAUCCCAUUUACACAGAUUUAACCACACAUCCUGUGCCUCAGGGAGAUUCUCAGGGACCUGUAAAUCUUAAGCAUCUGUGAGAGCUGCCUGGACGGAAGCAGAGCAGGGGAAAUUGCUACAGUCCUAUUAUCUCAUUAAAACGAAUACCUCUAAGUGAAACCAACAAUAUUCCUCCCUCCCUCCCUCCCUGCCCACCCAUUAUUUCCUAUUUAUUUAAUUGUAUUGAAGAAAAACAUAUUGGUAGGGAAAAGUAGAAGCCACUGUUGGAUUUUUUUACUCAAGGAAAGACUGUUUUGAUUUUUAAUAAUAGUAAUAAUAAUAAAACAAUCAAACCACAACAUCUGCCUAUCCUUGGGAAGGGCUCAAUAGGUGGAUAAAAAUGCCAAAUCCAGUCUAAACAUCUGGCUGACUGUGCAACAGACAAUAAUAAUAAUAAUAAUAAUGAUCAUCAUCAUCUGAUCUGUUUCUUGCAUGAAACACAUUUUCUAAUAUACUUUUAUGAAAGAUGUGAAACUGGAUCUCAGCCAUUCAGUAGCAGAAGCAGCCAUUUGCCCCCAGGUGGAGGAAGGAAGUCUCAUCUGAGUUACUUUCCUUUUCCAGGCAUUACUUUGCCUAAAAUUAAAAAAAGUAAUUAAAAUUGGAUACUUCCAAGCCUCACUCUUUUUUGCCUAGCCUAUUUGAGAAGCUCAGGGCCUUCCUUUUUAUUCUUUUUAUCUACAGGGUGGAACCUCCCUUUGCUACUAAAGAUCUUGCCCUAAUGGCAGGGAUCUUUACAAGUUCAAUGGGCAAGCACAGACAACCAGUGAUAGGAUUCAGCCAGUUCGCACCAGUUCAGCAGAACCAGUAGCUAAUUUUUUGUUGCCCAGGCCCAGAAUGGACUUCCAGAAGCGGCAUCCACACAGAGAACUGGUUGUUCACAUAUUUGAACCCACCACUGCAGACAGCCCUUUAUUGUUCACCAGAACAUGCAUGUAACCAAGGGCAGAAUAAGCAAUGGGGGCCUUUUAGCAAAAACUAGUCCCCAGGAAUUGAAGCAGUAGCAGCGGCAGGUAGGAGAAUUAACUCUUUCCUCCCUUUCUUAAAAGUCUGACAAGAGUGAAGAUAUGAUGGAAGUUCUCUUCUCUUGGCAAGUUGUUUAGGGCUGAGGGAGCUUCAAAGUGUUUACCCAGAAACCUCAGUGAAAAUGUAGACUUACAUGUCUUCUUUUUUUUCCCUUUUCAAACUUUUAAUCCUUCCUUCUGGUGUCUUUCACUGAGGAAUAAUCCCAGGCCACAGAAGAUGCUAGGACAGUGAUGGCGAACCUUUUAGAGACCGAGUGACCAAGCUGCAACCCAAAACCCACUUAUG